AUUACUCGGCCAUGGACGUGACGUACAAGCACUUCCAGUAUCCCGCCCAACGACGACCAGACACAAUGGCGACCGCCAGACGGCCAGAGAAACCCUCGGCAGUUCCCCCGAACCUGAUUCCCUCGUCAUCGCCCGCAUUCGGCACGCCCGUCCACCCCAUAAACCCCCGCCGGACGGCGCCCAUACGCGCCCCGCCCGCGCUCAAACCUCCCGUGCGAGCCACCGUCCUCCCCAUCGAGCUACCGCCAGCAACGCUGCGACCUCUCGCCUUCCGCACAUUCACCAAAAAACACAACCUCACCCUCACAUCCUCGGCGCUAUCGGCAUUGGCGAGUUUCAUUGGGAAACACUGCGGGGCGGCAUGGCGCGAGGAAGGGCUGGCCGAGAAGGUGCUCGAGGAAGUCGCAAAGGGAUGGAAGAAGGACAACGCGCAGGUCAUCGUCGAGGGCGACGGAGAGGCGCUGAAGAGGAUAUUGAAGGCGCUUGAGGGGUGCAUGAGCGGAGGACGCAUCGUCAAUGCUUCGAAUCUGAGCAGACAGAGCAGCUUCAACUUUGGACCCGAUGCAAACAUGAACGGGGCGCCGAGCUUGGACAGCAGGCCAUCCUUGGACCACAAUACAAGUUUUGGGAUAUCAAAUUUGGAGGUCACCGACAAGGAUGAUGAAGAAGAGACACUCAAGGAUCCGCGCGAAUGGAUCAAGGUCAUUGGAGCGUUUGAGCAGCCCAAGUUGGUGUACAACGUGUCGAAAAAGCACUUCGAUAGAUCAACAACAAAACCAUCGCUCUUCCCAGAUCCAUCACACAAGACGGACCUCUUCAGACAGCGCUACCAUACAGUACACCAGCGCAUACUCCGAAAUGAGACCUUCCAAGCACCUACUUUUUCCGCCGCUCGGUCAGCUACCCUCAACAGAACAGGCUCAGUUGCUGUCUCUAGCAUGAACACAAUCACCCCUGUUGCGAAUCUCCUCGGUCGCAGUGGAAGUACACAUCUCCUCCUCGGCAUGAUAACCAUCUCGCCCACAGGUACCCUCACGCUCUCCGAUCUCACAGGCACAAUAGCUCUGGAUCUCCAGCACGCUCGGCCCAUCCCGGAAGACGGCACCUUUUUUGCACCUGGCAUGAUAGUCCUUGUAGAUGGCAGCUACGAGGAGAACCAUGGCGAUCCGACUGCCGGCUCGAACACUACUCUCGGCGGCACAGGUGGUAUAGGAGGCACGAUAGGUGGCAAGUUUAUCGGCUUUUCCGUCGGCCACCCGCCCUGUGAACGGAGAACCGCGACCCUCGGCGGUGGAGACGAGGCUGAGAAGAACGGUACGGGAGGCCCUGCCUUCGGCUGGACGGACUUUCUGGGCGUGGGUUCCGAACGCGCAACGGGCUCGCGAAUGAACCGCAUAGCCUCAAAACUGCUCACACCAGAGCAAGCACACAACAUCGUCGUCGCCUCGGACCUCCACCUCGACGUGCCCUCUACCCUAACCGCACUGCGCACCCUUCUCCGUACCUACUCACCCCUUCCUAAUGAAUCCACACCCGUCUACCCCCUCGCCAUCGUCCUCAUGGGCAACUUCUCCUCCAAAGCCACCCUCGCCGGCGUCCCCGGCGCCGGCUCCAUAGAAUACAAAGAGCACUUCGACGCCCUCGCCUCCGUCCUCUCCGAGUUCCCCCAAGUCCUCGCGCACACCUCCCUCGUCCUCGUCCCGGGCGACAACGACGCCUGGCCCAGCGCCUUCUCCGCCGGCGCCGCGACACCCCUCCCCAGGAAGCAAAUCCCCGAGCUCUUCACCAGCCGCAUCCGCCGGGCCGUCCGCGAAGCCAACAGCGAGGUCUGGGGCCCCGGCAAGAAGGCCGGCAAAGAAGGCGAGGUUGUCUGGACGAGCAACCCCAGCCGGCUGACGUGGUUCGGCGUGAAGGGGGAGAUGGCGAUACUGAGAGACGAUGUGUUGGGUCGUCUGCACCGCACGAGCAUCCGGUUCAACAAGCCCGACGCCGACCUCGACGACGACCUAGAUCUUGAAGAGCCCGCGCCCGAGGCAAUGGACGUCGACCAGCCCACACAACUCGAGCCCACGCCCGCGCCCCUGGCACAGACGCAGGCCCAGAUCGACAGCGACACGCUGACCGCACGGGCCCUGACCCGCACAUUGCUCUCGCAGUCCCAUCUCUCACCCUUUCCGCUUAGCGUGCGCCCGCUGCACUGGGACUUUGCCCAUGCGCUGAACUUGUACCCGCUGCCAAGCGCGGUGGUGGUCGCGGAUAGCGAGGCUCCCGCGUUCGUGGUCAAGUACUGCGGGUGCACGGUGAUGAAUCCUGGGCCGAUUGACGGGAGUGAGGGGCGCAGGGGGAGGGAGGGGAGGGCACGUUGGGUGGAGUAUGAUAUUAGGGGGGGUGUAGGGGUCGUGAGGACGGAGGGGUAG